AUGGGCCCCUGUACCGCCUCCUCAUGCUGCUGCCAGGCCCGUAAUCUGCCAUGGGGCCCCCUGUACCGACUCCUCAUGCUGCUUGCCAGGCCAGUAGUCUGUCAUGGGUCCCUGUACGGCCUCCACAUUGCUGCUGUCCAGGCGGUCCCCACACUCUGUCUCAUGUGUGCCACUUUCAGGUCUCCUCACACUGCUGGUGGGUUCCAUUUUGUCAUAGGGUGCUGCAGGAUGGCCUCCCAUUGUGCUGCCCCCGUAAUCUGCCAUGGUGGGCCCCUCGUACGGGCCUCCUCAUGGCUGCUGCCAGGCCCAGUAAACUGUCAUGGGCCCCUGUGACCGCCUCCUCAUGCUGCUGCCAGGUCCAGAGUGCUGUCAUGGGUCCUGUACGCCCUCCCAUUCUGCUGCUGUCCUCCACCGCCACAUUGUGGCUCCACCAC